AUGCGUUUCAUACUUUUAGCGCUCGGCAUUUUCGUGGCACUUUUUGCGUUUGCUUCGUCCGCGCGCGUUUGUAAGAUUGAUACGCGCAAUUGCAGGCGUACACGCAACGUUUGCGGACGCUUUGGACAAUCGAAUUUAUGCAACCGAUUCAGCACAUUGUGUGACUUGCAAUCGGCCAAUUGUCAGCAGACAGCACAAUAUAAGCAGGUAGCAGCUUCAUUAUGUGGCAGCAUAGCAAGCGGUUCGAGAGGCUUGUGCAGUAGUACUUCCACUAGUGGCAACUAUACAAGUUGGAAAUAG